AUGGGGCAUUCUGAAUGGGAUCACAAACGAGGACCCAGAGGCUCACAGUCUUCUGGUACCAGUAUCACAGUGGAUAUCGCUGUCAUGGGAGAAGCACAUGGGCUCAUUACAGACCUUCUGGCAGAUCCUUCACUGCCCCCCAACGUGUGUACUUCGCUGAGAACAGUGAGCAACCUGCUUAAUACGCAGUUAACCUUCCAGGCCAUCCACAAGCCAAGGGUGAACCCUUUGGUGUCCUUCAGUGAGAACUACACCUGCUCUGACUCAGAAGAAUGUCCAGAGAAAGGAGAGAAACUAGCUAUUCCCAAGCGCUUACGGAGAAGUUUGCCUCCGGGACUGCUGAGACGAGUGUCCUCAACUUGGACCACAACAACAUCAGCCACAGGAUUACCUACACUGGAGCCAGCUCCAGUGAGAAGGGAUCGCAGUGCCAGCAUCAAACCUCAUGAAUCAUCUUCAUCCAGCACUGACUCCUGGAACAGCUCAAUUCUGAUGACAAUCACGAAGAGCAGGUCCUUCUCCACCUCCUACGCCAUGUCUUCUACCAACCACCUGAAUGCCAAAAGGCAGAGCCGGCAAGGUAUCCCACCAAAUAUUUCACCUCUCACCUCCCCAUGCCAUUCACCGAUUCAGGGGACGCCUGCCACAAGUCCUACCGGAAAAACAUCUUCUGUGUCAUUUCCAGACUCUACAGAUACCAAGCAAGGCUUAAAGCCACACAAAGUCUUAACUUCUACUCAGAGUGCACCUAGCCUCUCAGACCCUAUUAUCAGCCCCUCUGUCAUCUGCAGCAGCUGUGGCAGACCCUAUAACCAAAUAGAAGCUGGUGAUGGGACACUAGAUAGAAAUAAUGGUUCCACACACACCCUGAACAGAACAGAUGAUCCUGCGCAAGCCACUUCUGACUAUGAGACCAACAACAGUGACAGCAGCGAUAUCGUACAAAAUGAUGAUGAGACAGAUUGCUCCAAAGAGCAGACCCGGAAGGGAUCCGUCUGUAGGACGUACACGCCUGAGACCAUCAUUCUCUUGGACAAGCCUGUACUUGCACCUGAGCCUCUGGUUAUGGACAACCUGGAUCCGCUGAUGGAGCAGCUAAAUAGUUGGAACUUCCCAAUCUUUGAUCUGGUGGAAAAAAUUGGAAAGAAAUGUGGUCGGAUUCUCAGUCAGGUAUCAUACAGGCUUUUUGAAGACAUGGGGCUGUUUGAAACCUUUAAAAUACCAGUGAGGGAAUUUAUGAACUACUUUCAUGCCUUGGAAUGUGGAUACCGAGAGAUACCUUAUCACAACCGAAUCCACGCAACUGAUGUUCUACAUGCCGUUUGGUACCUUACUACUCAGCCCAUCCCAGGACUCCCAACUGUGAUUAAUGAUCACGGGUCAGCAAGCGAUUCAGAUUCUGACAGUGGAAUCACUCACGGCCAUAUGGGUUAUGUGUUUUCGAAGACAUAUACACCUACAGAUGACAGCUAUGGAUGCCUAGCUGGCAACAUCCCUGCCCUUGAAUUGAUGGCUCUUUAUGUAGCUGCAGCCAUGCAUGAUUAUGAUCAUCCAGGAAGGACCAAUGCCUUUUUGGUAGCAACGAGUGCUCCUCAGGCGGUGCUGUACAAUGACCGCUCCGUCCUGGAGAACCACCACGCUGCUGCUGCCUGGAACCUUUUCAUGUCAAGGCCAGAGUACAACUUCCUGGUCAACCUCGACCACGUGGAGUUCAAGCAUUUCCGCUUCCUCGUCAUUGAGGCAAUUUUGGCUACUGACCUGAAGAAACACUUUGACUUUGUUGCCAAAUUCAAUGCCAAGGUGAAUGAUGAUGUUGGAAUUGACUGGACUAAUGAGAAUGACCGCUUGCUGGUUUGCCAGAUGUGCAUCAAACUGGCUGACAUAAAUGGGCCUGCAAAAUGCAAAGAUUUACAUCUGCAGUGGACAGAAGGCAUUGUCAAUGAGUUUUAUGAACAG